AACUGCAAGAAAGUAGCGACAUCAUCGUCGGGAAGGGUUACCUCUUAACGUCGCGUUUGACACGUAAGACACGUAUACAUCUCACUUUACGUCUACAUGUAUUUAAAUGCCCGUGAACUUUGACAAGUCGCUUAUUUUCGAGUGGUUUUCUUAAUAUUAGAUCGUGAGCGGGUUGCCUUUCUGUAGCGACGUCGAGAAAAGCCGGGAAAAUGAGCACGAUGGUGGAGCAGCCGUGCUAUACCCUGAUAAACAUUCCGACUGACACGGAGCCCUUGAACGAGCUCCAGCUGAAGCAGGAUCUCGAGAAGGGUGAUGUUCCCACAAAGAUCGAGGCUUUGAAGAAGACGAUUCACAUGAUCCUGAGCGGUGAGAGACUACCUGGACUGCUGAUGACAAUUAUCAGGUUUGUUUUGCCUCAUCAAGAUCACACUAUCAAGAAGCUGCUGUUAAUAUUUUGGGAGAUUGUGCCGAAGACCUCCGCUGAUGGCAGACUUCUGCAGGAGAUGAUUCUGGUAUGUGAUGCGUAUAGGAAGGAUUUGCAGCAUCCAAAUGAGUUUGUUAGAGGAUCCACUCUCAGAUUCUUAUGUAAACUGAAAGAACCAGAACUUUUAGAGCCAUUGAUGCCGGCGAUAGUAUCAUGUCUGGAGCACAGACACUCUUAUGUUAGACGUAAUGCGGUACUCGCCAUCUUCACUAUUUAUAAAAACUUCGAAUUUCUUAUACCCGAUGCUCCAGAAUUGAUAGCUAAGUAUCUGGAGGGAGAACAGGACAUGUCGUGCAGAAGAAACGCGUUUCUGAUGCUGCUGCACGCUGAUCAAAGCAAAGCGCUCUCUUACUUGGCUGCAUGUCUCGAUCAAGUACCCAGUUUCGGUGACAUUUUGCAAUUGGUUAUUGUUGAAUUGAUAUAUAAGGUUUGCCUCGCGAAUCCGUCAGAAAGGGCACGUUUUAUCAGAUGUAUCUACAGUUUACUGAAUUCACCCAGUGCUGCAGUGCGUUACGAAGCAGCCGGCACAUUGGUGACUCUUUCCAACGCGCCAACCGCGAUCAAAGCCGCGGCUUCAUGUUAUAUCGAGCUAGUGGUCAAAGAAAGCGACAACAACGUUAAACUCAUCGUACUCGAUCGAUUAAUCGCGAUGAAAGACAGUCCUACGUACGAAAAGGUGUUGCAAGAUCUCGUAAUGGAUGUACUUCGCGUUUUAGGAUCGCCAGCUUUGGAAGUCAGGACGAAAACCUUGGCUCUAGCCAUGGAUCUGGUGACAACUCGUACGAUCGAGGAGAUGGUACAACUCUUGAAGAAGGAGGUUCUCAGAACAGGGGAACACGAGGACGCCGGUAAAUAUCGUCAACUUUUGGUGCGAACUCUUCACUCUUGUUCCAUGAAGUUCUCGGAUGUCGCUGCCACCGUCAUCCCCGUGCUAACAGAUUUUCUAUCGGAAAGCAACGAAGCUGCCGCUACGGACGUUCUCGUGUUCGUUCGCGAAGCAAUUCAGAGAUUCGAGAAUCUCAGACCACUGAUUGUUGAAAAGCUCUUAGAGGUGUUUCCUCACAUACGUUCUGUAAAAGUGCACAGAGCUGCACUCUGGAUCCUCGGCGAAUAUGCUACGUCCAAAGAGGAUAUAGAAGCUGUAAUGGGUCGCGUACGCGCUGCUCUAGGCGACCUGCCGUUGCUCGAGGCGGAGAACAAGCGUCAAGCCGGCGAGAAGUCCACAGAGGAUGCUAAUUCGCAAGCCGCACCCGCACAAUUAGUUACGUCUGACGGAACUUACGCUACUCAGAGUGCUUUCAGCGCUACAUCCGCACGGAAAAAAGAAGAAAAGCGACCGGCAUUAGUGCAAUACAUGAUGGAGGGUGACUUCUUUAUCGGCGCGUCUUUGGCUACUACCUUAGCGAAACUAGCUCUCCGUUAUAAGACGCUAGAAAACAAUAUUCAAAAAAGCAACCGAUUGCAGGCGGAGGCAAUGUUCGUGAUGUCCAGCGUAUUACAGCUGGGCCGUUCGGGACUUCCUUUGAAAGCGAUGACGCACGACGACGCAGAGCGGAUCUCCUUAUGCCUCAGAUCUCUCGCUUGCCCGACACCUCUCGUACAAAAAGUUUUCACGGAAGGAUGUCGCGACGCUCUUGGCAGAAUGUUAGCCGCGAUAGAAGAAGAAGAUUCGCAAAAUCAGAAGGCUAAGGAGAAACCGGGAAGUGUUGUGCAGGUUGACGACGCAAUACAGUUUUUACAACUGAGCCGCGGUUCCGAUUUAACUGGUGGUGCAGGCGACGUGUUUGAGCAAAGUCUCAGUGCGGCUGUGGCUGGUCGACCUGGCGCCAGUGGAGACGCUCCAGCUCCGAAUGCCUUGAGCAAGGUUACUCAGCUCACUGGUUUUUCGGAUCCAGUAUAUGCAGAAGCACUGGUGCAUGUGAAUCAAUACGAUAUUGUGCUCGACGUUUUGAUAGUUAAUCAAACAGAGGACACCUUGCAAAACUGCACAUUGGAAUUGGCUACUAUGGGUGAUCUAAAAUUGGUAGAAAGACCGCAGCCUAUUGUGCUCGCGCCAAGAGAUUUCGCCACUAUCAAGGCGAACGUAAAAGUCGCAUCUACGGAGAAUGGUAUUAUAUUUGGAAAUAUCGUUUAUGACGUAUCAGGAGCAGGCUCCGAUAGGAGCGUGGUCGUUCUCAACGAUAUACACAUCGACAUCAUGGAUUAUAUAGUACCUGCGACGUGUACUGACGCAGAAUUUCGUCAGAUGUGGGCAGAAUUCGAGUGGGAGAACAAAGUAUCGGUCUACACAACAUUGUCUGAUCUGAGAGAGUACCUCGCACACUUACUAAAGUCUACGAAUAUGCGUUGCCUCACACCGGAAAAGGCUCUCUCAGGACAAUGUGGAUUUAUGGCAGCGAAUAUGUAUGCCAAGUCGAUAUUCGGCGAAGACGCGUUGGCGAAUCUGUCAAUUGAGAAACCGCUGAACAAACCGGAUGCUCCGGUAGUCGGUCAUAUCCGUAUCAGAGCCAAGAGUCAAGGUAUGGCAUUGUCGCUCGGUGAUAAGAUUAAUUCGGCACAAAAAGUACCGCAGAAUAAAGUAGUGCAAGCCGCCUGAAUCGUGUCAUCUCGAUCAAACGCACUUUGUACAACAUUCAAGUUAUUCGAUUGUUAUCUUCGUGGGAUUCAUGGGAUUUUGAAGACAAUUGAUAAAAGAUUUUCAUACAUUUGUGUCAUUUAAGCCAUGCGAUCUAGACAACGUAGACAUUCUGAUUCUCUGGGAAAAAAAUCUGUAUUAUUUGGCAAUCGAAGUACCAUACUAUAUUCGUUCGCAACACAACUACAUUAAGAGACAUGUUUAUUAUAAUUUAUAUGAUGUGUAAUUGUAUUUUACAAUUCCGCCCUUCUUGCUUCCCGACGAUAUUUCUCAUAAUCAUAUAGUCGAUACGCCGCACGAAGAUACAAUGUGUCUGUAGACAAGCAAAUAAAUAUACACGAUACACGAUGUCUAUGUAAACUUCGUUCGUUUAUUUCUUUUUAGAUAUAAUUAAAACGUAGUGUCUUUGUAACGUUCUGAAUAAAAUAGUUUCCAACUGGAUUAAA